AUUUAAUGCACUGCCUGUGGCUCAGCCUGCAUACAGGUGCAAACACAUAAAAUAGAUUUUUAUAUCUAUAUAUAGAGAUAUAUAUAUAUAGAGAGAGAUUUUUAUAUACAUAUAUAUUAAUUUUCUGCUCUAACUCUGAUAAACUCCGCUGACAUGACACUGGAUAAGAAGAAUUUCCUGCAUCGACUCUCAGCAUAUCAUCUGUUUUAUCACAGUUUGCCCCACAUACGAGAUGCACCUUACCAGUAAAGCUGUACCGUGCACAGGUGUGCGCGACCUUUGAACCGAGAGCAGGUUGUGUGUAAGAGUGUGUGUGUACGUAUGUGCGCGUGCGCCCGCGGCGCUAUAAAAGCAUCUCUCAGCCUCGAGGUGAGCAACAGGUAACCCAGGUGAAGCCUCCUCCACGCGACUCAGAGCGCUCCGCUGCAGCUUUUCAGAUAGCCAUGGCUCCAAGACCAGAAGCAGGGUCCGAUUCCACCCCUUCCCUGGACGACAACACCUCAACUAAAGAUGUGGCUGUCCUGCCUGCUUACUCUACCGUGGACCUGGUGAAAGAGGAUCCAAAUGAUGAUCCCUGGGAUCUCCCAGAGCUCAAAAACACCGGGGUCAAGUGGUCAGAGCUGGACACAAAAGGGAAGAUUAAGAGAGUGUUGACUGCGAUUUUGAAGAGCGUUCUGCUGCUCGGACUUCUCUACCUGUUUAUUUGCUCGCUGGAUGUUCUCAGCUCUGCUUUCCAGCUAGUCGGAGGCAAAGUUGCCGGUGACAUCUUCCAGGACAAUGUUGUGUUGGCCAACCCUGUGGCUGGGCUAGUGAUCGGGGUGUUAGUCACAGUGCUGGUGCAGAGCUCCAGCACCUCCUCCUCUAUUGUGGUCAGCAUGGUGUCCUCUGGAUUGCUGGACGUCCAGUCUGCUGUGCCGAUCAUCAUGGGUGCCAACAUUGGAACAUCUGUCACCAACACUAUCGUGGCUAUGAUGCAGGCAGGAGAUCGAAAUGAGUUUCGCAGAGCGUUUGCCGGUGCUACAGUCCACGACUUCUUCAACUGGCUGUCUGUGCUCAUCCUUCUGCCCCUGGAAGUAGCCACAGGUGUCCUGUACAAACUCACCAACCUCGUGAUCGAAUCCUUCAACAUCCAAUCCGGAGAGAACGCCCCCGACCUGCUCAACGUCAUCACGGACCCUCUCACAGACUCCAUCAUCCAGCUGGACAAAUCUGUUAUCACCGCCAUUGCCACCGGUGACCCAGCAGCCAAAAACAUGAGUCUGAUCAAAAAAUGGUGCAAGAAAGAGACCAACACGACUUUCUGGAAUGCGACCGUGGACAUCUGCCCUGCCGGCGGGCUCUGCUGGGAAGAAGGAAACCAGACCUGGACACAGAUGAACUCCACUGAGACCAUCUACCUGCAGAAAUGCAAACACCUCUUCGCCAAUGUUAAUUUGCCAGACCUGGCGGUCGGCCUCAUUCUCCUCGCUCUGUCUUUGCUCGUCCUCUGCACCUGCCUCAUCCUCAUCGUCAAGCUGCUCAACUCUAUGCUGCAGGGACAGGUGGCGGUGGUCAUCAAGAAGGUGCUCAACACAGACUUCCCCUUCCCCUUCACUUGGGUUACCGGCUACAUUGCAAUUUUCGUGGGAGCUGGAAUGACCUUCAUUGUACAGAGCAGCUCCGUCUUCACCUCUGCUAUAACUCCUCUCGUUGGUAUCGGUGUCAUUAGCCUUGAGAGAGCCUACCCUUUGACACUGGGCUCAAAUAUUGGUACAACAACCACUGCUAUUCUCGCUGCUAUGGCUAGUCCUGGAGAAACACUAGCCAACUCCUUGCAGAUUGCACUUUGUCAUUUCUUCUUCAACAUCAUGGGUAUCCUGCUGUGGUAUCCAAUCCCCUUCAUGCGGGUGCCCAUCAGGUUGGCCAGAGGGCUUGGAAACCAUACGGCCAAGUACCGCUGGUUUGCCGCCCUCUACCUCAUCCUGUGCUUCCUGGUUAUGCCCGUGACUGUGUUCGGCCUGUCGCUGGCCGGCUGGCAGGUCCUGGUUGGCGUCGGCGUGCCCAUCGUUGUGUUGAUUAUCUUUGUGAUCAUUGUCAAUGUGAUGCAGUCUCGCUGCCCUCGCUACCUGCCCAAGUUGCUCCGCACCUGGGAGUUUUUGCCCAAGCCUCUGCACUCGAUGGCGCCGUGGGACACUGCGGUGACCUCCAUGUUCGGUUUCUGUGGCAACCACUGCUGCUGCUGCUGCAAGAGGUGCAAGUGCUGCAACAAAGAAGACGAGGAAAAGGUGAGCAGGGGCAGCAAGAAGAGUCUGGAGAUGUACGACAAUCCCGCCAUGACAAGAGAUGAAGAUACAAAGGAGGCCGUUAAAGCAACACAGCUUUAAUAUUAUUAAGUUCAGUUUAUAUCUAUAACUAAUACUCAAUGCAAUAACGUAUUUGGAACACACUUGUAAUUUGGUCAUCUCUCAGGUUGUGGUAUGUUCAUGAUUAAGCACUCCCGUCUGUCAACAUAAUGUUGGAGAGUAUGAACAGAAGUGUUGGACAUAUUAUUACAAACCUGCCAUUUCUGUGAUGUUUAUUCUAUGAUGUUUUCAGUUUAUUGUUCAGACUCACUAUCAGCUAUGACAUAACUAUGGGUUGUUCCGAAUUUAUUUUUAUAUUUUUAUGAUAUAUGUUAAGAGGCCUUUGGUUUUAUUUUCAACUUUAAAUUUCACAUGUUUAAUGUAGCAUUUAAAAUAUUUGUUAUCCUUCAGUAUUUAAGACUAUAAUAUUUGUAAAUAAAAAGAAAUUACUAUUUUUAAAGUGCAA